AUUUAGAUAGAAGUCUCACAGUGGCACUCAGCAUACCAAACUCUUUUCUCUGGAGCAAGCUUCUACACAUCGGACCAUCAAUACCACAGACCAGCAAUCAUACCCCUGGAAUAAAAUUAUACGGAAUCACUUUAACGUGGUUGAUAGUCUCUGAAAUAGUUUUAUUCGGUUCAGCAGCGCACCCAUCAAACACUGGUAAGUGUUUUGUGUUUAACAGGCUAGCUAGUUAGCGAACAAAAAAAUAAAAUAAAAAAAAGCUAUCCAAAUUGGCUUUGUAACGUUAGCAAGCUAAACACAUUGAUGAUCGAAUGGAUGGGGUUACAUUCAUGUAAAUAACAGGUCUGGAUAAAUUAUAGGUGGCUGGUGUACAUGCGCAAGUUAGCGAGAUACCGUUAGGUAGGUAGGUAACUAGCUAAUAACAUCGAAGUGCUGGCUCCCACUGAAACGUGUGGCAAGUUUUAAACCCCCUAAAUUACCGUGUGGCAAGUUUUAAACCCCUACGUCUAUACGUUACAGACCACAGUUGGGUCCGGAAUUAUUGGAUCCCUUUAUAGAUGUUGAAAAAAAAAUACAGAGCUACAGUAGCUAUAUUGUAUGCUGCAAAAAAGUUAUUUUAUACUUUACAAUACAAUUGCUCCGGGAAAGAGAUUUUGUUUAACAAGUUUAAAAAAAAGUACACCUCAAAGAUAGUCUCCCCUGUUCUCAAUACUUCAGCACCCUCCACUUGCGAGGACAACCACACUGGCCUUUUUUCUAAAAAGUUUUAUGAGAUUGGAGAACACAUUGGGAGAAAUCUUAGACCAUUCCUCCAUUCAGAAUCUUUCCAGAUCCUUGAUAUCCUUCGUCUGCGCAUAUGGACUGCCCUCUUCAAUUCAAACCACAGGUUUUCAAUGAGGUUCAAGUCCGGAGACAGAUAACCAUAGCAAAAUAUUGAUUUUGUGGCCAAUUAACCAUUCUUUGUAGAUUUUGAUGUGUGCUUGGGGUUAUUGUCUUGCUUGAAGAUUCACUUGCGCCAAGUGUCAGCCUCCAGUCCUGGCAGAGGCAACCAGGUUUUUGGCUAAAAUGUCCUGGUACUUAUGUACAGGUAAAGUUCAUGAUGUCGUUGACCUUAACAAGGGCCCCAGGACCAGUGGAAACAAAAUAGCCCCAUAACAUCAAAGAUCCACCACCAUAUUUUACAGUAGGGAUGAGGUAUUUUCUGCAUAUGCAUUCUAUUUUCGUGUCAUGACCAUAGCACCGGUUCCAAUCCAAGUGCCAAUGCUGUUUAGCAAACUCCAGGCGAUGCUAUGGUCAGAUGAUGUGAAAAUAGAGCUCUUUGGCCACGCACACAAAUGGUGGGUUUGGCCUGUAAAGCUAUAAAUCCCCCCAGUCCCGCAUCAGCAUAGCAGUAAAGAUUACUCACACACCACAAAAAGGGUUCUGAUUGUGAAAUGCCGUUUUAUUCACUGAAUAAUUUUCUAUGGUUGCUUUUGGUCCUUCAGUAUCCAGAUCUGCUGCUAAUCAUCCCUCUAAAGAUUAUUGACUUUGGUCUGGUUACUGUGAUAACUCUCUGUGAUUUACAACUGAUAAAGGGCAGCCAGUUGCAUAUGUUUAUACUCAUAUCUGGCAGAUCCUAUACGUGGUAAAAGUUGGGAAUAAUGUGUCUUUUGUAUCUAGUGCGGUGGACGGCUAGGGGCCAAUUGCGUGUGCAUGUGUGCGCACGCUCGUGUGUUGAGUGACGGUAGUCCCAGGGAGUUCCAUCUGACCACACUGCACAUAGAGCCCUCUGUGAUUUAGAGACAGCGUGGCAGCAUGGGUAGAGUGAGGGGCAAACUGGCCAAAUAGAGGUGGCUUGAUUUGCUCAACAGAAUGUUCUUAUUUAUUCCAUUGAUACCCACUGGGGAAUCCAACUCGAAAUCUUGAAGCUAUUGCCAUGAAAAAAUCUCUCGGGCCUCCACCCCGGCCGUAUUCAGCAGCACCACCUUGUUAUAAAAUCCUGGGGAGAACCCUGCCAAUGCCAACGUUUUUACCUCGAGGCUGGAGCCCUUCUCAAUGAUGUGCUGGAUCCAGACAUCCUUGGGAAAGGACAAACUCAAAGGCCAUGUGUGCUGGCCUAAAAUAAAUAUUUUCGAGGCUUUCCCUUGGCUAUGACCGUGAUGCUCCCUCCCUCCUCACAAGGACAUUUAUCACUUUGUUUAUUUAAUUAUUUAGGUAUGUACACUGCAAUUCAGCUCUUAGAUGCCAAUGUUGUACACUAUGACAAACAAAACUUUACUUACUAUUAUGGCAAGUUAUAAGAAAAUGCAUAUUUGUAAUUAACACCCUGCUUGUUAAAGGAUGUCAGUAGUGCCAGGAGUUAAAAUAAAUGACAGACCCAUCUGUAUUUGCUUAGUUUCUGUUUAAUGGAAAUGUUGGAAUAAUAGCGAUUUUAUCACUCAAUCCAUUGAAAAAAAUAGUAUUUAGACCCCCAUCUUACGUGAUUGUAUUUUCUUUCUCGAGUGGGAGAAUGGUGGAGGUGAGGAGGAUCUGUUGUAUUGGGGCUGGCUACGUGGGCGGUCCCACCUGCAGCGUCAUCGCCCAGAUGUGCCCUGAGGUGACGGUUACCGUGGUGGAUGUGAACGAGGACCGCAUCCGUGCCUGGAAUUCUGAUAGCCUUCCCAUCUUUGAGGUGAGUCUGAAACGAUAUUAGUACAAGAAACUAUCGUAAUAGAUCUCAACUUAGUAGAACUUGUCUCAACUGCAGGAAAUUACGUAAAAUACAAUUACUCAUUCAUGUCCAGGUUUCUCAAAGAUCUGUCCUAACUUGUAUUGGUCUUUCCAGUAUUUCCAGCCACUUGACUUUUGAGCUCUCAUGACACUUUUGACACUUGUGCUCUAACAACAUCUCCUUUCAUUCUAGCCUGGACUCCAGGAAGUGGUGGACUCAUGCCGUGGGGUCAACCUUUUCUUCUCCACAGACAUUGAUGAGGCCAUAAAAAAUGCAGACCUGGUCUUCAUAUCUGUAAAUACUCCUUUUCAACACUUUCCUUUCUUAUAAUGUCAAUUGCUUUCCUUGGAAGUAUUGUUAAGAAGAAUGGGUCUCAGUUUUGCUUUCUUUGAAGGUAAUAGUAAUAAUUUGGUGGUUGCUUAUAUUUGUCCUAUUUCACACAUGUACAAGUGUGUAUUAUAUGCAUGAAUUGGAAAUGUUUUUUUUUUGCAUAUCUCCCCCUAAGACCACCUCGACGAGUGGGGUCACGACCAGGGUCAGCAAUUAGGGUUAAGUGCCUUGCUCAAGGGCACAGACAGAUUUUCCACCUUGUCGGUUCGGGGAUUCGACCUAGCGACCUUUCGUUAACUGGCCAACCACUAGGCUACCUGCCGCCCCAGAGUGAUGGAUAAAGAUCCAUGAUUGAAUCCACCUGAAACAUUUCCCCCUUCCUUUGCCAGGUCAAUACGCCUACGAAGACAUUUGGGAUUGGUAAGGGUCGAGCAGCGGACCUGAAGUACAUAGAAGCAUGUGCCCGGCGCAUUGCCGAUGUCUCCAGCGGCUGUAAGAUUGUUGUGGAGAAAAGCACAGUUCCUGUACGUGCUGCUGAGAGCAUCCGCCGCAUCUUCAACGCCAACACCAAGAGUAGCCUCAGCUUCCAGGUGAUUUCAGGGGACAGGGUUGCAUGGGUGGACGGACUGUGUAUCAAACGUCUACAUUCAUCUGCCUGCCAUGUCUUCAGGUCUUUAAAAGUAUGAUCUUGUUCUCCUGCAGGUUCUCUCAAACCCAGAGUUUCUUGCUGAGGGAACAGCCAUCACUGAUCUGAAGAAUCCAGACAGGGUAUUGAUUGGGGGGGAUGAGACUCCUGAGGGCCAACAUGCUAUUCAGGCCUUGCGGAGCAUCUAUGAACACUGGGUCCCCAAGAACAAGAUCAUCACCACCAAUACCUGGUCCUCUGAGCUUUCCAAGCUGGUAUUUAUAUGUCCUUCUGUUAUAUCAGUACAAUCUCAGGUCAGCAGCAUUACGAUCUCAGACACCUCCUGCGACGUUUCCUGCCUUUAUUCAUUGGCUCACUUCUCUAUCCUUGGUUUUUCCUUUUCCAUGUUUAUAGGCAGCCAAUGCCUUUCUGGCCCAACGUAUCAGUAGCAUCAACUCUAUCAGUGCCCUCUGUGAGGUAACCGGUGCUGAUGUGGAGGAGGUGGCGCAUGCCAUCGGGACAGACCAGAGAAUAGGCAGCCGCUUCCUGAAGGCCAGCGUGGGUGAGUGGGAGAGAAGCAAGGCUGGAGUGGUUGAGUUGUGGGGCAGUAACAGUUCAGUUGUGGUUGGAUGAGACCAUUGGAUGACUGAGUGGUUGGGUUUCAGUUAUGGAAAAGUGGGAUUUGAGUGGAUGAGUUCCGUCAUGAUACAUUCUGUGUUUGUUUUACAGGAUUUGGUGGCAGCUGUUUCCAGAAGGACGUCCUCAAUCUUGUGUACCUAUGCGAGGCAUUGAACUUACCCGAGGUUGCAAGAUACUGGCAACAGGUGUGCUUUUUUCAUCAACUCAUAGUAGUGCAAUACAGAACUCGCUUCUCAUUUGAUAAGACAUUCCUGUAACACUUUGUUUUACAGUCAGUAAAAUACAGUAUCACAAUGACAGAAAUGUUGAACAUCUCAUUGUUGCGUCUCCCAGGUUAUAGAGAUAAAUGACUACCAGCGAAAACGAUUCUCCUCACGGAUAAUCAACUGCCUCUUCAACACAGUGACAGACAAGAAGAUAGCCUUGCUCGGAUUCGCUUUCAAGAAAAACACUGGCGAUACAAGGUAUGGAAGGGCAUUUAAAAUAUUUAUCUGCUUACAUCCAAAGCUAUGAGCGUAUUGUCCUUCUGCCUCCAAGCUUAUACACUCAGAUAUCCUUGUGUGCAUUUUGUGUUCAGGGAAUCCUCUAGUAUCUACAUCAGUCGCUACCUACUGGAAGAGGGGGCCUGUCUACACAUCUAUGACCCCAAGGUUAAAGCGGAGCAGAUCAUGCACGACCUGACUCAGCCCACACCCUCAGAAAGACAUGACCCCGCCACAGGUAGCCACAGUGUUCUAUAGUAAAGCAAUAAGAAGAUUAACAUUAUUAUGUUUAUUGAAUACAUAUUGAUAUUUCAAAGGGGUGUUCUGUUCUCUCUGCGUUAGGUGUUAGUUUCCAUACAUAACGUGGGAGACUUUUUUUUGCUAAUUCUAAUGAGAUGGGAUUAAUGUUUGUUGUACAAUUGUGUGAAAAAGUUGUAUUUGUAUGCAUGAAGUAACCCUAAUUUAUACUCGCUCAUCCUAGUUUCUCGUCUAGUCACCAUCGUCACUGACCCAUACAAGGCUUGUGAGAACGCCCAUGCAAUUGUGAUCUGCACAGAGUGGGAUGUGUUCACGGUGUGUAUUUCAUUUUUUAAGCUACUCACUCAUCAAUUAGACAUCAAAUAAAAACUGGCAAGGAGAUGACUCUGACCACACAGAUAUUUUGGUGCCACUUAUAUAAUAACAUAAAGUAGUUGCAUUGGAUUGUUCACCGAUGAAAGGGAUCUCUCAAUGUAAACCAUGGAGUCCAUAUUUGUACUGCAGGAGCUGGACUAUGAGAGGAUCCAUAAAGCCAUGCUGAAACCUGCCUUCAUCUUUGACGGCAGAAGGAUCUUGGACAGCUUGCACGACCAACUCCAGCAUAUUGGCUUCCAGGCGAGUAACCACGGCUACAGUAAAAAGUAUAUGUUUUAUUGUCACAUACACCGGAUAGGUGCAGUGAAAUGUUGUUUUACAGAGUCCGCCAUUGUAGUACGGAGCAAAUUAGGGAUAAGUGCCUUGGUCAGGGGCCUGUCGACAGAUGUUUCACCUCGUCGGCUCGGAUAUUCGAACCAGCGCCUUUUGGUACUGGCCCAAUGCUGUAACCACCAGGCUACCUGCCGUCCUACAGUAAGACACUGAACAAUGUCUAGGAUUCUGAUGAGAUUAUGAAAACACCCUAGGGCCAAAAAAAAGGUUGUCUUUGCUUUUGGAAGGCUGUGCUGACAAAAAGCCAACGAUCCAUUUACAGCAGCUCCUCUCAACUGCUUAGUGAGUCCCAUUAGUAUUUGAAAAGUAAUAGACGGUCCAGUAGUUUCCAAAGUAACUGUUUGUCCUUUCCAGGUGGAGACUAUUGGGAAAAGAGUUAACCAAAGAAUCCCCUUCACUGCCAGUGGCGACAGGUCAGAAAUGGACCAACCGCAACAAUUGAAGAAGAUCAAACUGUGAAGUGUUCUUACGGGACAGGAGCGUCAGAGCCGGCUCCGUGCAGUAAUAUAUUAAACCAAGUUAUCAUUUUGCUGUAAUAUAUUAAAUCAGUUGUUUCAGCACCCGCAUCAACUUGAUAGGAUGACUUCAAACAAAUAAUGAUGUUAGCUACAAUGAAAGAAAGGCCUGGAUAAUGUUUGCGUCAGGGUUGAUGACCUUGUUUGUCGUCUACAUGCCACAACAAUAUCCCUUCAACCUUAUGCUUCAUUUCUUUGUUUUGUGCAUGUUGGACAACUACAAGGGUUUGGAUGUUUUACUUACACAAGGGGUAAAGCAACUUAAACUGAUUUCAUAUGUUUCUGUAUUUGCCCCUUUUCAAGUUUUCUGCCUAAAAGUAUUCCUGUAUUGAAAGCAUUUUUUAGAUGACAGAUUCCACUUUUCUUACUAAAGAUUAUGUAUUUAGUUUUGAUUAAUUUCAAAGCAAUUUUUAUACGAGAUGGUGCUGGUUGAAUGUGAACUUAAGCGGUGUGAGUGUGAACAUGAAACCGAUAAUGCAAUAUUAUAAUUAAAUGUAUUUUUAUGCAUGAACUCUGUAAAGGAAAACAUUUAUCUAUAGUUUUUACAUGCAGA